CAAGCCAUGGAAGUUCAAAUGAGAAAUGUUCAUUGGAUCUGGUAUAGUGGUGUUGCUGCUGACUCGUAGGUAUUGCGAUACUGACUGAGUUCUGAUCGUGCUUGUGCAUUUUCUUUUCCGUUGAAGUCAAAGUGAAAUAAUGGGUGAACCGAAAAGUGAAGAUCUGGCAACAGCUAUCCUUCGAAAGAAGGACAAACCAAAUAGGUUAAUAGUAGAUGAGGCGAUCGCCGAUGACAAUUCCGUCGUGGCUUUGUCUCAAGCGAAAAUGGACGAGCUACAGCUUUUCCGAGGAGACACAGUAUUACUGAAAGGCAAACGACGCAAGGAGACUGUGUGCAUCGUCCUUUCCGACGAUACUUGCCCCGAUGAAAAGAUUCGCAUGAAUCGUGUUAUAAGAAACAAUUUGCGUGUACGCUUGAGCGACGUUGUCUCUGUACAAGCCUGUCCAGAAGUUAAAUACGGAAAACGUAUCCACGUGCUAGCAAUGGAUGACACUAUAACUGGUCUCACAGGAAACUUAUUUGAAGUAUAUCUGAAACCGUAUUUCUUAGAAGCAUAUCGUCCCGUUCAUAAAGACGAUACUUUCAUUGUACGCGGUGGUAUGCGCGUUGUAGAGUUUAAGGUAGUAGAAACAGAUCCUGGACCAUUUUGUAUCGUAGCUCCAGAUACAAUUAUUCACUGCGAAGGAGAUCCCAUCAAGAGAGAGGAGGAGGAAGAGGCACUGAACGCUGCUGGUUACGAUGACAUCGGCGGUGUUCGCAAACAGUUAGCCCAAAUUAAAGAAAUGGUAGAACUACCACUGAGACAUCCGUCUUUGUUCAAAGCUAUCGGCGUUAAACCGCCUCGCGGCAUUCUUUUAUACGGCCCACCGGGCACAGGAAAGACUCUCAUCGCUCGUGCUGUUGCAAACGAAACAGGAGCGUUCUUCUUCCUUAUUAACGGCCCCGAGAUCAUGAGCAAGCUUGCCGGAGAGUCUGAAAGUAAUUUGAGAAAGGCGUUCGAAGAAGCUGAGAAAAAUUCGCCAGCUAUAAUCUUCAUCGACGAGCUCGACGCGAUUGCUCCGAAAAGAGAAAAGACCCAUGGAGAAGUAGAGAGACGCAUUGUGUCUCAAUUGCUGACUUUGAUGGACGGCAUGAAACAGAGUGCCCACGUGAUUGUAAUGGCAGCUACCAAUCGACCCAACAGCAUCGAUCCGGCACUACGUCGCUUUGGCCGUUUCGAUAAAGAAAUUGAUAUCGGGAUACCGGAUGCCACCGGACGUUUAGAGAUCUUACGAAUCCACACUAAGAACAUGAAGCUGGCCGACGAUGUUGAACUGGAAGAGAUCGCUGCUGAAACGCAUGGUCACGUUGGAGCCGACUUGGCCUCGUUGUGCUCUGAGGCAGCGUUACAACAAAUUCGUGAGAAGAUGGAUCUUAUUGAUCUGGAGGAGGAACAUAUAGACGCCGAAGUUUUAUCGUCUCUUGCCGUGACUAUGGAUAACUUCAAGUACGCCAUGACUAAGAGCAGUCCAAGUGCUUUGCGAGAAACUAUCGUGGAAGUUCCGACUGUUACAUGGGACGACAUCGGCGGUUUGCAGAACGUCAAAAUGGAACUGCAGGAAUUGGUGCAGUAUCCAGUGGAGCACCCCGACAAAUUCUUGAAGUUCGGCAUGCAACCAUCAAGAGGCGUAUUGUUCUACGGACCUCCCGGUUGCGGUAAAACGUUGUUAGCCAAAGCGAUCGCUAACGAAUGUCAAGCGAAUUUCAUUUCCGUGAAGGGUCCGGAAUUGUUAACGAUGUGGUUCGGUGAAUCCGAGGCCAACGUCAGAGACGUCUUUGAUAAGGCAAGAGCAGCAGCUCCUUGCGUAUUGUUCUUCGAUGAACUCGACUCUAUCGCCAAAUCUCGUGGCGGUACAUUGGGAGACGCUGGCGGAGCAGCGGAUCGUGUAAUAAAUCAAAUCCUGACGGAAAUGGACGGAAUGGGAGCCAAGAAAAACGUAUUUAUCAUAGGAGCUACUAAUCGUCCUGACAUUAUUGAUCCUGCCAUUCUACGACCCGGUAGAUUAGAUCAAUUGAUUUAUAUACCAUUGCCAGAUGAGAAAUCUCGAGAAGCCAUUUUCAGAGCCAAUCUUCGAAAAUCGCCUGUAGCGAAAGAUGUAGAUCUCACUUACAUAGCUAAAGUGACGCACGGUUUUUCCGGCGCGGAUAUAACAGAAAUAUGUCAACGCGCGUGUAAACUUGCCAUCAGGCAAAGCAUCGAAGCCGAGAUUCGGAGAGAAAAAGAUCGCGCCAGUAAUCCGUCUGCGUCUAUGGAUACGGAUGAAGAUGAUCCUGUACCAGAAAUAACUAGAGCUCAUUUCGAAGAAGCGAUGAGAUUCGCGCGACGUUCAGUGUCCGACAAUGAUAUUCGGAAAUAUGAAAUGUUCGCACAGACCCUUCAACAAUCUCGCGGUUUUGGUAGCAAUUUCAGAUUUCCGCAAAGUGGAGGAACCGGCCCUCAAGACACGACACAAGGUGAUCCGACCUUCCAGGAUGAUGGGGACGAUGAUCUUUACAGCUAAGUCUUCAUGUCUGUGUACCUCAUUACAGUGAGCAUGCGACAAAAGGGCCUGUCUAUUCUACAAAAAAUACUUUGUGUGUUAUAAACACAAAUUUUACAGAAAAGUAAUUCUAAGAAAUUGAUGAUACAAGAAGAAAAAAAAUCCAUAAAUCUAAUCCAAUGUCUAUAUUCUGUGUAAAGUAUAUGCAAUUCUACGUACGUAAUUAGGGUAAAAUUAAAAAAAAAAUAAUAAAAGUGAGCAGUAAUUUGAAAGAAGACACGCACACUUUUUUAAUAUGGAAAUUAAACGUGAAAUAAUAAAAUUAUGGAAACGAUGUCACAUCGCUGAGGACGAGAUCAAUUGGUUCUUCAUUAUAUACUUUUAAAUAUAAAAAGAAAUUAGUAACCUCUGAAAGCUAUGUCACGAUUCUCUGGUUCGAAUUUUGUACAUGCUGUAAACAUGCCCUAAUUUAAUACGUUAUUUUGUAUAUACAUUGCAUAGAGUUAUACACGAACUUUCCGUUGUUCAUAAGUUUUUUCUAAUGUAAUUUUAUAUUUGAGUUACUUACAUAAAAAGAAACAAUGUAAUUGUGAUUUUGUAACAGUGUUAUAAAUUUUUCCAAAACUUCAUGUUUACAUAGAGAUAGACUCUUUUGCUACGUUGUCGCUGUAUUUAUAAUUACAUUUCAUUGUUCGCAAAUCUUGAGAUUACAGUAAUGUGAGAGUUCAUGCCAAUUGUCGGUGAAAUUGUUGGAAGCGGCGAUGUGUAUCGGUGAAUUUCCAGUCUGCUUGUAGUAGUAAAUUUACUUACAAAUUA